CGACGUACCCUUGCUCCCGGGGACCGUAAAGCGCGGAAGGUCGCGGUCCCCGCUUCCCCGGAACUCUUUAUUCCUGCCGCCCCAUCCCUCCCAAUUUCUGUCCCCUGCCCCUUUCUGGUCCCCGGACCCCUGGUGACUGUUGUGGCUGCGGCUGGUCUUUCGCCGGGCAUUGCGGAGCGUGGAACCCGUGGGCGCCCAUGAGUUCGAAUGCUUGGAAUCUUCUGAGCUAAGUGAGAGCACAUCUCCCAUUGCUGACAGACGUGAUGUUUUACCGGUUGCUGUCAGUGGUCCAAAGACACAGAACAAGCCGAGGAUGGCAGAGCUGGUCCCCAGCCAGAAGCAGUGCAUCAGCGGCCACGACGCAGUCCGUCGCCCUGCCUGCCCAGACGCAGGUGGUCAUCUGUGGUGGGGGAAUCAUGGGCACAUCUGUGGCCUAUCACCUGUCCAAGAUGGGGUGGAAGGACAUUGUCCUUUUGGAGCAGGGCAGGCUGGCUGCUGGUUCUACGAGGUUCUGUGCUGGUAUCGUGAGUACUGCCAGGCACUUGAGCAUCGAGCAGAAGAUGGCAGACUAUUCAAACAAACUCUACCAUCAGUUAGAGCAAGAAACAGGGAUCCAAACAGGUUACAUAAGGACAGGCUCCGUCUUUCUGGCCCAGACUCAGGACCGGCUGGUCUCCCUGAAGCGUAUCAACUCAAGGCUGAACGUUAUAGGCAUCCCUUCCGAGAUCAUCUCCCUCAAGAAAGUGGCUGAACUGCAUCCUCUCCUCAAUGUGCACGACCUGGUGGGGGCCAUGCACGUCCCCGAGGAUGCAGUUGUGUCCUCUGCCGAUGUGGCUCUCGCCCUGGCAAGUGCUGCCUCCCAAAAUGGGGUUCAGAUUUAUGACCGGACAAGCGUUCUUCACGUGAUGGUCAGAAAAGGUGAAGUUACCGGCGUGGAGACAGAUAAAGGACAGAUCGAAUGCCAGUAUUUUGUCAACUGUGCUGGUCAGUGGGCAUACGAGCUGGGUCUGGCCAACGAGGAGCCGAUUAGUAUCCCGUUACAUGCCUGCGAACACUUCUACCUCCUGACUCGCCCCUUGGAGACCCCUCUGCACAGCAACACGCCAACUAUUGUGGAUGCUGAUGGCAGGAUUUAUAUUCGGAACUGGCAGGGUGGCAUCUUGUCUGGAGGCUUUGAGAAAACUCCGAAACCAAUUUUCACUGAGGGCAAGAACCAGCUGGAGAUUCAGAAUCUACAGGAGGACUGGGAUCACUUCGAGCCCCUGCUGAGUUCUCUCCUGCGGAGGAUGCCAGAGCUGGAGACUCUGGAGAUCAUGAAGUUGGUGAAUUGCCCCGAGACCUUCACACCAGACAUGAGGUGCAUCAUGGGCGAGUCUCCUUUGGUGCGGGGCUACUUUGUCCUGGCAGGAAUGAACUCCGCUGGCCUUUCGUUUGGCGGGGGAGCUGGCAAGUACCUCGCUGAAUGGAUGGUGCAUGGUUAUCCCUCAGAAAACGUCUGGGAACUGGACCUGAAACGUUUCGGAGCCCUCCAGAGCAGCCGCACCUUCCUGCGCCACCGUGUCAUGGAAGUCAUGCCUCUGCUGUAUGAUUUGAAGGUUCCCCGUUGGGACUUCCAGACAGGGAGGCAGUUACGCACAUCUCCUCUCUAUGACCGGCUGGACGCGCAAGGAGCCAGGUGGAUGGAGAAACAUGGAUUUGAGAGGCCAAAGUACUUCGUGCCACCAGACAAGGACCUCCUGGCACUGGAGCAGAGCAAGACUUUCUAUAAGCCAGAUUGGUUUGACAUUGUGGAGUCUGAAGUCAAGUGCUGUAAGGAAGCUGUAUGUGUCAUUGACAUGUCCUCUUUCACAAAGUUUGAAAUAACAUCCACCGGAGAUCAGGCAUUGGAAAUCCUACAGUACCUUUUCUCCAAUGACCUUGACGUGCCUGUGGGCCACAUCGUACACACUGGCAUGCUCAACGAGGAUGGAGGGUAUGAAAAUGACUGCAGCAUAGCACGCCUGAACAAGCGCAGCUUCUUCAUGAUUUCUCCAACCGACCAGCAGGUCCACUGUUGGUCCUGGCUUAAGAAGCACAUGCCACAGGACAGCAACCUGCUGCUGGAGGACGUCACCUGGAAAUACACUGCCCUCAAUCUGAUUGGUCCUCGAGCUGUGGAUGUGCUGUCCGAGUUGUCCUAUGCGCCUAUGACUCCAGACCACUUCCCAAGUCUCUUUUGCAAGGAGAUGAGUGUGGGCUAUGCCAAUGGGAUCCGCGUGAUGAGCAUGACCCACACAGGAGAGCCAGGCUUCAUGCUUUAUAUCCCCAUAGAGUAUGCCCUCCACGUCUACAAUGAAGUGAUGAGUGUUGGACAGAAAUACGGAAUCCGGAAUGCUGGGUACUAUGCUCUACGUAGUCUCCGAAUUGAGAAGUUUUUUGCCUUCUGGGGUCAGGAUCUGAACACCCUCACCACCCCCCUGGAAUGUGGACGCGAGUCGCGGGUGAAAUUAGACAAGGGGAUGGAUUUCAUUGGUCGAGACGCCCUGCUGCAGCAGAGGCAGAACGGGGUGUAUAAGCGCCUCACAAUGUUCAUCCUGGACGACCAUGACACGGACCUGGACCUCUGGCCUUGGUGGGGAGAGCCCAUUUACCGAAACGGGCAGUAUGCUGGCAAGACCACUAGCAGCGCCUACAGCUACAGCCUGGAGCGCCACGUUUGCCUAGGCUUUGUGCACAAUUUCUCUGAGGACACUGGGGAAGAGCAGGUGGUGACAGCAGAUUUCAUCAACCGGGGGGAGUAUGAGAUUGACAUCGCAGGACACCGGUUCCAGGCCAAAGCCAAGCUCUAUCCGGUCGCCUCCCUCUUCCCCCUUAAGCGCCGCAAGGAUGAUGUGGAGCUAAGUGACUUGCAUGGGAAAUAAUGUCAGGCAGUUUCACCUCCUCCCCGGGGGUCUUAGGAACCUCUGUCCCGAUCCUGUUCCUCUUCUUGAUUUAAACCUUUGCCUCCCAUCUCUUAUCUCCUUGAUGUAAUUUUAAACUUUCUGCUUUGCAACCUCUCUUGUCCUUUCAUUUCCUCCCUGGUGCAGUUCCCCGUCUCCUAACAUUCACUCUGGGCUGUUUGUCCCUCUACCCCUCAGAUUCUCGUGGUGACAGGAAGCAUGUAUGGCAGGACAGCAGCAGACCCCGUCUGUGGAAGGGAGUCAUAGUGGGCAGUCUGAUCUCUAAUGCUGUGUGGGGAAGCUGCUGGUGUGCAGGCCUCGGGGCCAGAGCCCAACGCUUGUGGGCCCAGCGUUCAGGGAGUAGCCUGGUAACUUGGGCGGGCUGCCGUGUUCGCAUCAGUCUGCUGCGCUGCAGGUUGGCAGCCUGGUACCUUAGCAAGAUGACCAUCUACCUCACUGAUGAGUGGCGCCGUGUGGGUGUUACAAGGCUGCAGCGGAGCACGUCGGCCUGGCGCCGUCCCCAGCCUCCCUGCCAAACUAGUUAUCAGACUGCAAGGUCAGGGCCACCUGCCUAUAAUUUUUCUUCAUCUCUUGUUAAUCUCUAUAAUGAGGGGUUUUGCUUGUUUAGUUGAGUAAACAAGUAAGCCACAGUUUACUUGUUUGAAAGGGAAACAAGUUGCUUUUGAAAGGGAAAAAAUGAUGUUGCUUUUUCCCCGAGGAAAGAGUCCUAACCUCAGAAAGCACCAACACAAACAAUGCUGUUUUCUACUGUGAAAACAGUGCUGUUCUCCCAGCUACUCCAAGUUCAGUCAUCCCACCUUGGGUAUCCCCACGGGUUUCCUUGCCUGUCCCUUCAGCAGUAGGCCCACCAGCUCAGCAAGGGUUUCUCCCUUGGAGGGAGAGAGGGUAGAGCGUGCCGUCCUUGUCCAGUAACUAACCCUCGCUGGCCAUGCUGCGUUCACGAGCACUGCAAUCUCAGGUUCUGCCUCCUCUAACACCGAGGAGACAGGUCCGCAAAUGACCCCCGUGGGUCCAGAGGGUUCUGAGUCGGGGGGCGGGGGGUGCAUGCCACGUGAGCCUAGCAGGAUGCUUUCCAUCUUCUCUUUCCCUGUCCAGCCAUUUCUCUGACCCUCUGUAAUAGAAAACGACCUGGAGUGCCCGCAAGAGGGCCACGCACAGUUACGUGGUGUCUCUUUUCUAAUGGUGAAACCUGAGUGAUAUCUGAAACUGUGUUAUCCCUCCCAAUACUUAAAUUUUCCCUUGUACCCAGUCUGAUUGUUUUUAAGUAUAAACUGCUGUUAGAGAUGUAGAGAAUUAACCUGCAGCCUUUGUUUUCUUGGCAUCUGAAGAGCGUUAGCUCUGACAGGUCUCUAUAGUAGAGAAGAUGCUCUCAGGUGCUGACCUGCUCUGGCUUUUCCGUUUACCACUUGAUCAGACUGCCUUCUGCCAGACAUUUCUUGCCAUUUCCCCAGCCAGACACCACCUGCUUGAUUGGUGCCCCCCCUUUUUAGGUUGUCUCAUAUGGUUUAUUAAGGGAGCAGGUGAUUAGAAUUGCUCAGAGGGCCUUGCUCUUCUGGUGCAAACGUGUGUGUAACUGGCUGGGAGAUGCUGCUCCCAGGCAGAGGAGAGGGGCCGUACCAGUGCAGGUGUGACCAGCAGGCGGCGACUGGCCCAAGGUGGAAACAGGCCAUAGUGAGCUAAAGGCAUCGCAGGCUCCACACACCGCCCCCCCCAAAGACUCUUCUUGAGUCAUGCACGAGUUGUAUCUCGCUGUGGACAGGCAAGAUGACACUCUUCUAGGGCAUCACUUGUUUAUGGAGUGCCCUGAGCACACGUCGUUUUUUGGCACUUUAAAGUUCUCCCCUGAAGUCUGGUUUGUGUUUUUUUUUUUGUUCAAAUAUGAGCAAUGUGAAUCUGGUAGUUUUCUCUAUUUGGUGAAUCUGAGGGGGAGGACUUUCCCCGCCUCUGGCAUAAUUGUUAAUCAAAACAUCUAAUUUGCAUUUCAUUUCCAUCUCUGGGGCAGUGGUGCCGCAUGUGUUUGUCUUGUGCGACAACUCACCUCUCUAGGGAUUUGAGUGGUUUUGGAUUCUUCUGAGGGGUUGGACUGUUGAGUUUUUGGUUGGUGCUUUUUCGUCUGAAAUGGCCCAUCACCUCUUGUCUCUCCUGGGGAGGGCUCUUCACGCUGCAUCUAGCUCCUUAGCGUAUUCAAUUGAAGGAUCUUUUUGAACCUAGAGACACAAAGUGUGUUAGCCCCAAACUGAUGACCCAGGUUUCGCAUCUCCUGGGCUCCUUCUCCUCCCCUGACAUAACAUCUAAGCCCCUCAUCACUCAUGCUACACAUACGUUCUGUGUCUUGGCACUGCCACGGUCAUUUGACCUAAAUCGAAGCUUGCAUCAGAAAUGACGUCACAAGUCAGGAAAGUUGUGAGCAAAAAGGGACAGAAGUUACCUGCUUGGAUAGCCCGUUGGAUGUCCUUUAGCUUGUGAUGCACUCACGCACAUCCACUGCCUGGGCAGGACAAGCUCCAGGAGAGACGGGAACACCUCCCACUACAGCGCUUGUGCUUUUCUGGGGAGUCCUUCUACCCCCGAAACGUGAGCAGCGCCCUUCAGGCUAGGGACCCAAAGACCGUUUAGCCCAGUGACCCCAUUUCUGAAGGAGGGGAGCGGUCACUAAGGGACGACUCACCACACUGAUCUCUGGCUCUGGUGUAUGGACGGUGGCCAGCACCUGUGUCGUCGCCACCCUUUCAGAGCCUGAGGCAGAUGAAAGGGACUGUCCUGUGACCUGUGGUCUUGGUUCUGACCUUGAAGUCUGUGCCUUGUAGAACAGUUGCAUGGGCUUGCUUUCGGGGGCUAGCUACAAGGUUCACUCUCCUACUCCUUUAUUGCUUUUUAGGCAACAAAGAUCCCAGAAUCCUCAUUAGUAUCUAAGGUGGAGGUUUGGUCAACAGAGCUUAAUACUGAAGAGUAACUUCCUGUUUUCAUUCCCUCCGCCCCAAAACCCCCGUCCUUCCCAUCCCUCACAGACUUUGCCCUAAGCAGCAUUUUAUCAGCAUGACAUAGGGGACAUUUUCUUGUGAGGGAGGGAAGGAUUUUUGUCUCAUGUAGCAUUUCUAGGCACAUGGAUUCAGAAGCACAGUUGAGUUGGAGAAAUGGUAGGUGAAAUAGUUGAGGUUUUGGGCGUUAACUACGAUGUCCACCAGUAACUUGUGAACACGCGCUCGGCGCCUGCCUGUCAGCGCCUCCCCUGCGGCCUCCACUUCAAGGUGCUGAGUUGUAAGGCUCCUUCAUUGUCAGUACGGGGCUCACAUUUGCAGUCCCUCAUCACUAACAAAUGCACUAUUUUUCAAGAGGACUGAGUAUUUUUGUAUGUGUUUGCCUUCUCUUUGUCCAUUAAAUACUGGUGUUCCUUGUAUAAUAUGAUUUUUGACUUUGAGCAGAAUGUAUUCCUUGGAGAAUUACACAUUUCUCAUGGCCAUUAUUCUCAUGAUAUUUAGAUGCAGUUAUUUUUAUCUUUUGCAAACAAUCUGCCUUCUCCUUUUUCUGUCUCUCGAGGACAGAUAUUACAAGAGGUGGGAAGGAUAUUUUUAGCAUCUGUUUCAAAAACUCUAAGCCAGGAAUUCCUUUGCACACCAAGAACUGGAGCUUGGAGCAUGUCUUUUCUCCACGCCAGGUUCUCGUGCCUUACACUCGAGAAUGUCACAUGGUGGGCGGAGAGAGGAAGGGCACAAAGGAAACUCCCUUUCAGCCUGAGGGUUCCCAUCACCCUGCUCAGCCUCCCCUCCCCAGAGCAGGUGGGCGUGGGGACAGAGCGGCCGCAGCCUGUCUCAGCGCGGGCGUUCUGGCAGCACAGCUCACACUUGACUCUGGUCAACUCUGGGGAGGUAUCAAAGCGCCACUGUAAUUGCUGUAAAGUGCUAUAGCUCAUUAUUUGCGUUUGUAAAUGUGCGGUUCUGUCCAGCCCUUUCUGUCCCUGUGCAGCGUUCGCUGGUGGUCCUGAAGACAUUUGAGGCACCCGGGUAAAAUGGGAUCUUUUCUCAAGAGCCCUGGUGUCGUAUUUCUGCCCUCCAUGAACACGGUAUUAACAUUGUGCACUGUGUUUCUAUCAAGCCAGAUUUCAAUUAAGAUUUUCUUUUCAUGUUACGAGGUUUGUAAAUGAAUAA